GUAACGCUUUCGAAAUGUUGUCUUCCCAUCUGUCUUCUGCUGGUCGUUUCUCUCACCAUUCUUUUCGCCGUUCCCUAUUACUUCGCUUUCACAUUUGCAGACGUCCAAACUCACACAAAAAGCACUGGAUACGGUGCAAGCACAAUUGUUGCAAGAUGUUGCAAGAGGCAGCCGGGUCUGUUGCAUUUGGCCGAGUGGCAUGCAGGCAUAUAGCUGGCUCAAAGACCCAAAUCAUAAAAGACUCAAAGACAUGCGACUCUUUGUGAUAUUGCUGUGCGGGGCGUUUUCAGUGCGUCGUGCUGAAUUAGUUCGCUUCAGAUUAGGGAUGAAGCUCCAGAAUGCCACUUCAAGUGUGCACAUUGCAGGCAGCUUCAACAAUUGGGAUCCAACUGUCACAAAGUUGAGUGAUAUUGACGGUGAUGGUUCCAAAUUUGAAGUUGUUCUUUCAUUGGAUCCAGGAACCUAUGAAUUCAAGUUCAUCAAUGGCAACUCUUGGACUGAUGCUGAGGAAGUUCCUUGGGCCUGUAGUGAGCAGAAAUCCGGGCACUUCAAUCGCUUUCUCUCAGUGAAAAGCAACGAGUCAGCAGACGUUGAUGUUUGCUUUAGCGCAUGUGUCCCUUGCGAAGUCCUUCCACCGUGCAAGCUCUUCACUUGCCCACCAUCCAUGGUUCAUCGCCAGAGCGAGUUGGACACAAUUGCCACUCUGUCGGGGGAGUGUUGUGAAUACAGUUCACCCUUCAACAAAGAUGUUGUGGUGCGUAGCGCUGGAUGGUCUGAUGGCAACAAUGUGUCAUUCUGGUUGAAUGGUAAAGUGAUCUUUGCAACAAGCCGCAGGGGUCUUACUGUCAUUCGCUUAUCCAUUGAAGGAGAGCCCCAAGAACCUCAGACCUUUGACACGAACAUGAACUCCGUUGAAUUGGAAGCGUUCCUGGAGAGUGUGCCCAGCAACACCACAAUUCUACUUGGAGCAUCAGACGAGGCUUCACAGGGUCUAAGUCCAAGGGCACAAGACCUGAUUGAGUCCUUUGGAGGUCGGCGGAUUUCUCACUUGACGUGGCGAGGAUCCUACGCUUUGAUUGGCGUGAAGAAUGGAUCAGCUUUUGCUGAGGCAAUCACAGAGUCUGGGGAAGGUAUGGCAGUUGCUGUUGGCAUUGUGCCAUGGAUUGAGCUGCCUCCAACAGAGGGCCUGGAAUGGUGUGAUGCUAGAGCUGCCAUUCCUGCCACCAAGGGAAAACUACAUUCCAGUGGCAAUCUGGAAAUUCAUGCGACUGAUGGCAACUGCAGAUAUCCCGUUUUUGAAGCGGACAGUGUGAAAACAUGCUUGAGAGGUCCCUCGGGAGGUCCCGGAGGGGCGUGGGUUGUAGUGCUUGGCACCUCCAACGCGCAGCUGCUCGCCAACACUCUCCUCUUUAUGCUUGCGGAUGAAGCUGCUCUUUCUCAUAUUCACUUUGGCGAGUACAACUUUCAUGACUUUGUGAUUGAAAAUGGCACUAUCAGCUAUCACAAUAUGAUUCGCAUUGAUGACAUCCCUCCUUGUAAGCAGAAUACAACUGGACCAACCACCCAGGAGCAAGAAUGCCAGGAGAUUUUUGCUGGGGAGCUCUCCAAAGCCCCAGCUCCGUCAUCUGAACGCAUCCGGGUGACCAUGACGAUUUCGUUCUUUUGGGAACGCGUGCGAUCCAUGAUGGACAUUGUGGAAGCAGAUGAAGCCUGGAAGGACGUGAAGGUUGGCUAUGUGACGCAGGUAGUGGCCUGGUAUUUGGUGUGUCAGAAUAUCAAAUCGUAUCUUUGCCCAAGGACGGAAUUGAAGUCGGAGACUGAGGAUGAGGUCUUUGCAAAGUUCGCAGAUGAAAUGGAUAUGGCCCUGAACCACAUGGAGAGAUCUUGCUCCACAGGCCGUGCUGCACAGGGCUUUGGUUGCGUCGUGGGCACCAACAGCUACACCGAAGCACAGGGGUCUUUGAUUGAAGCCUUUCGUGGAGGCCGCUCUAAACCCCAUCGCUUAGGUCGCUUCAAUGCAGAGGUGAUGCGCUCCAUGACGAGCCGAGCGACUCCGAUGUUUCGUGCCUUGGACUUCUUUCAGCUGGGUGAAGCGAUGCCGCGCGAGACCAUUGCAGGUCAUGGUUCUCAGACACUUCAUUUGUGGCUUUGGAUGCUUAUAUUUGGAGGAUGGUGUCAUGAAGACUUGGCUUCAAGAAACUGGCAUGUUGAGUUCCAUGGACAGCUUUGCAGCGCAGAACAUGUGGAUCCCAUAUACUGUCCUCGGAUCACCUACGGUGUUGAAUGGCACUGUAUGAACAGCAUACCCUGCAUGAUCAAGGCAAGUCCCGAGUUGACAACUUCAACCACGCUGCCAGCUGUUGUGCCUGUGACCUUCAAACUUGACAUGAGCAAUGAAGUUGUUUCAGCUAUGGGGGUGCACGUGGCUGGCAGUUUUCAGCUCUGGGAUCCAGCAGCAACACCUUUAGGUUUGAACCAGGAUCUCAUCUAUGAAGCAACAGUUUACCUAAGCCCCGGCUCCUAUGAGUACAAGUUUGUCAACGGUGAUUCUUGGGGUGGCGAGGAGCAAAUUCCAACCACUUGCGGCUUGGGAGAGUUUUCCAAUCGUAUCUUUUCCGUGAAGGAUACACCUGUAGUUCUGGAGGCCUGCUUUGGUUCAUGCUUACCCUGCGACGCAAGUGGAACAAGCCUGACUGUCUCACAAACAGGCACAAAGACCGCAACCAGCACUAUCACCAGAACAACGACAACUACGCUGGAGCUUUUCUUACCCGUUGAUGGUGGCAUAGACAGAGCAUGCCGUGGGGCAAGCGCGGGAGACAACCAUGCUAGCUAUUUUCAGGUGAUUGAGACAGCCAGUCUCGGCGAGUGCAAGCUUUCAUGUCUCGGAGCCAGUCCCGACUGUGUUGGGAUCGAAUACAGUCUGGGCCGCUGCGAGAUUUGGACUCGCUCGGAAGGCAUCCAAGCAAGCAUCAGCCUUUCCGGUUUUCAAUGCUACAAGCGCAAGAGAGCAGAUCCGACAUUCUCGUAUUUCCAUCCGGUAGAUGGUGCCACAAACCGCGCCUGCCGUGGUGAGCACCCGGGAGAUAACCUUCAGAGCUACUAUGAUGUUUUGAGAUUGCAAAGUUUAGAGGAGUGCCAAGAACACUGCGUCUCCCGUUCGGCAGCUCCUUGUGUCGGAAUCGAGUAUAGUUUGGGACGUUGUGAAGUUUGGCACCGACCGGAGGGAAUUCAUGCCAGCAUCCAAUUGCAGGGCUUCGUUUGUCAGAGCUAUGAGCCACCACGCCGAUUGGCCAAGCAGCGCUUUCUGAGAGGAUAAUGAUUCGAUGAUAUUCGAUGUUAAAUUUUGUGUACAGCCAUUGCUUGCUGACAUACAGAGUGACAUGGGCUGGCACAAGUGAGCUGUCUUCUUCAAGGGGGUUGGCAGCCUUCUCCAGCUCAUUCAAUUCAGUAGGCUUCUGCCCAGGCAGGGCAGCAAACAACUUUUUCCUACGGGCUCUGUGUCACGGUUGGCGGGGACUGCUGGCAAACUCGGAGGCGAAGCCAUAAGAGGGC